UAAUUAUCAGUGAAAAAUGUCUACCGAAACGGAAACUUUAAAAAAACUACGAGUAAAGAGGUCUCAGUGUAAGGGAACAAUCACUAGAAUUGAGAAUUUUGUACAAGACCCCGUAAGUUUAGCUGCCGCGAGCGCCGACAUUCUUGAGGCGCGCAAGGAAAAGUUAAUUUCAACACUCAAAGAUUAUGAGAAGGUCCAGAUGGACAUACUAGGCAUCGAUGAAGGAGACAGCGAACAGGGCCACAACACAUUGCUGCACCAGGAGCGCAAUGUAAGUGUGGACAAGCCCACAAUUGUUGAUGUCAGCGCGCACCCACCAUCACCAGAUGCUGGGUUGCAUAAAAACUGAAAAUGGACCUGUAUUCCAGAAUACCAUGUUAGGAUAUAUUGUUGGAGGAAGUAUUCCUGAAAAAGGACACCACUGCGUGUUUAAUCCCUCGAGUCGCACCUCACACCAUCGUGUGGUCUUUGACGGGUCGAUGAGAUCUAGAAAUGGGACAUCGUUGAAUCAAGUCAUGCUGAAUGGGCCUGUUGUACAGAGUGAGCUUUUUGAUAUUCUUAUUUUGUUCAGGACUUAUCCAUAUAUUUUAACAUGUGACAUUCAAAAAAUGUUUCGCAAUGUUUUUAUAAAUGAACAUCAACGCGGACUUCAAAACAUUUUAUGGCGCGAUUCGCCUAAAGACCCUAUCAACUGCUUGCAGCUCCAGACUGUUACAUACGGCUUGAAAUCAAGCACAUUUUUAGCUACAAGAGUUCUCAAUGAACUAGCAAAUAUGCAUAAGGAUCAGUUCCCUUUGGCCGCACAGGCAAUUUAUAAAAAUACAUUUGUUGAUGAUGUGCUGACUGGUGCUGAUGAUGUAGAGACGCUUCAGGAGCUGAAAAAUCAAAUUGUAGAGCUUUUAAAAUUAGGUAGUUUCUCAUUACAUAAAUGGUGCUCGAACGAUUCUUCAUUAAUAGCUGAUAUACCAGUUGAGCACAGACAAAUUGACAGUGUGGAGAUCGGUCAAAAUGACACUGUGAAGACUCUAGGUCUCACACUCCAAAUUAAUUCUGAUAAAUUGACUUUCUCUUGCCCUGCAAUUGAUGAAGCAACAAUGCUCAACACAAAAAGAAAAAUUCUCAGUUUUAUAGGGAAAAUGUUUGACCCACGUGGUUUAAUAGGCCCAGUAAUUGUGGUGGCCAAGUUAUUCAUGCAAGAACUCCAUAGCUCUUUGCCUAAAGAUUGGGACUCUACAAUCCCAAACGAACUGUUUCAGCACUGGUCUAAGUUUCUGAACAAUUUAAAACAAAUGGGUCAAAUUAAAAUAGAUAGAUGUGUAAAUUUUAACUUAGUAUCUCAUGUAGAGUUAAUAGGAUAUGCCGAUGCAUCCAUAAAAGCCUUCGGAGGCUGUCUCUACUUAAGAGUCUUUAUGACUGACGGCUCAGUUAGAGUGAACCUAUUAUGUUCGAAAUCCCGAGUGUCAUCACUGAGCAAAUCUCAUACUAUUCCUCAAUUGGAGCUCUCUGCUGCUCUACUUUUAGCACAAUUGUCAAGUAGAGUCAGUAACAUUUUAAAUGAUCGAGUAUCUCAUAAAGUAUUUCUCUAUAGUGAUUCCCAAAUUGUUUUGUGGUGGAUCAAGACAGAAGCAGCAAAGAGUACUGUAUAUGUAAAAAAUAGAGUCAAGCAAAUUGUAGAGCUAACUGAAAAAUCACAGUGGUUGUAUGUUAGAUCAAAAGAUAAUCCUGCUGAUCUUUUAUCAAGGGGAAUUGAACCUCACAGGCUGCAGGAGUGUCAUCUGUGGUGGCAUGGUUCACCUAGUCUUAGCGAUGUGAGUUAUUCACAUACAAAUUCAGAAGAAUUUAAUUAUGAAAAUAUUGAAAAUAUUAUGCCUUUUACAGACUCGCAUGAGACAGUCAGUGCACCUUCUGAAAAUGUAAAGGGAAUCUUGUGCCAUGCUACAAAUGUAGAGCCCCUAGAUUUAUUAAACAAAUAUUCUAAUAUAAAUAAACUUCAAAGGGUGGUAGCUAUUAUUUAUAGAUUUUAUAAUAACUGCUUGAACAAAAAUAAUAAAAUAACAAGCAGCUACUUAACUGCAAACGAAUUGCGUGACUCUAUGUUGAAAAUUGUACGUUGUACUCAGGUAGAGCAUUUAAGUAAAGAAUUAGUCUUGCUCUCCAAAAAUAAGCCUGUGACAAUUAGCGAUCAAAUAGUAUUUUUAGAUAAAUACAAUGUCAUUAGGGCUGUGGGAAGACUGCAAAAUGCAGACAACUUGCCUUAUGACAAGCGGCAUCCUGCAAUACUUCCAAAAAGCUCCUUUAUUACCAAACUUAUUAUAGAACGGGAGCACUUAAGACUUUUGCAUGCAGGUGCUAGACAAGUGUUAGGCUCUCUAUCUCAGAGGUACCAUCUCGUGAAUGGUAUACGAGAAGUAAAAAGGUCGUACAUAAAUGUAUGAAAUGCAUACGAAUGAAAGCUGAAGCAGCAAAGCAGUUGAUGGGAGACCUUCCUAAAGAAAGAAUCACACAAAGCAGACCCUUUCAGCAUGUAGGAAUCGAUUUCUGCGGCCCCUUUAACGUAAAGGUGUCUCGCAUCAGGAAGCCUGUUAUCACUAAAGGCUAUAUCGCGCUUUUUGUUUGCUUUGCUGUAAAAGCGAUACACUUAGAACUUGUUUCUGAUCUCACGACCGAAACUUUCUUAGCAUGUCUUAAGCGUUUUAUUUCUCGGCGUGGCAUGCCCACAAAUAUUUAUUGUGACAAUGCAAAAACCUUUAAAGGUGCUUGCAAUACAUUAAACAAAUUGUAUGAUCUAUUUUCCUCCAAACAUUGUAGAGACUCUGUUAACGAAUUCUGUUCAGAUAGGUACAUAACAUUCAAUUGGAUACCGAGUUACUCACCAACGUUCGGAGGAAUUUGGGAAUGUGGAGUGAAAGGUUUCAAACAUCACUUUAAAAGAAUAGUAGGCAAUUUGUGCCUGACCUACGAACAACUUAAUACUGUAAUCAUAGAAAUUGAAGGCAUUAUGAAUAGUAGACCUUUACUCUCUGCUAUCUCUAAUGAUUGUGCAUAUAUUACCCCUGGACACUUCAUUUGUGGCACAGCUUUGACGAGUUAUCCUGAAAUUGAUCUCACUGAAACUUCAGUAAAUAGAGUUUCAUUUUGGAAAAUGUGUACCAAGCUUAAGCAAGAUUUCUGGAAAACCUGGUCUCAAACUUAUUUAACUCAGCUCCAAAGCCGCCCCAAAUGGAAAUACCAGCAAACCAAUUUAAAAGAAGGUGAUUUGGUAAUUGUAAAAGAUAUAAACACCUCUCCAUUAAAUUGGCCAAUGGCUCGCAUAGUAAAAACUUUCCCUGGUAGGGACGGAUUAGUAAGAGUAGCUGAUGUUAAAAUCAAUAAUAAAAUAUUCCGUAGAGCCAUUACCAAAUUAUGUCCUUUACCUGUGAUGUAGAGCUCAUAUAUUUUCUUAUAUUUAGAUUUAAUUGGCGGGUCCAACCUUUACUGUAAUGUAAUACUGCCUGGCCCCAACUAUGUUUAAUACAAAACAUAUAAAGUGUAAGCUUAGCUUAAGUAUUUUUAGUUGUAG